UUCCCAAACAUUUCAGUAAAUACAAUUUCUGCUUAGUCUUUUCUUCCUAAUGCAUUUUAGCAGAAGAACACUCAUUCUGUACUAGGCAUGACGUGUUUUCUGUCAUGGUCUUUAUUCCCCAGAUCUCAUGCCAGACUCUGUUUCUCCUACAUGUAAUUAUACAUAGAAAUUAGCCUCUGGGGGUAAUUAUUGGAGAUCAUUGGAGAUAACAACCUUCCUCUUCCCUUUCAUUUCUUUGAUUGGCAGACGACUUUAUCAGCUCAGUGCUUAUGGUAUAAGGGAAGCUUUCCCAGCAAAGACAGCGAGUCCUUGGAAGGAAAACCUCUCAGGUGGGUCAGAGAAGAUCCAUCUGAUCCACUGCUCGUUACUGCAGUUUAAAGGCCACACACACGGCUGGAAAUCCUGAACUGGUAAGUCAGUCUUCAUGUUUUCUUACAGUAACAGAUGAAUAGAUCAAGAAAUCAUAGAUCAGUUACAGUGUAAAUGAUUGCGCUGAAUCCUUCAACAAGCAAUUCUUCUUGAUUAUGCCAUCCAAUACAUUUUCAUCAUGUAAACUGCCAGAUGUAUAGUGAGGGAAUACACUUGUAAGUCAAGAAUAAUGGCAAAACACAUCCAGUUUUUCAGUUAAAUUCUCUGUCCUGCUCGCCAUUUCCUGGAUUCUUCUGUUUCAUGUUUAGAGACAGAAACUGCCAAAGCUUCGUUCCUGGAUUCCAGCCAGAUUUGUCAGCCCUUCACUAAUAAAAAGACCACACAUGUUCAGGGGAGGAAAGGAAAUAGCUGAAGAGUAUAUUACUGUUCUGGAUAGAUUAAUGCCUCUUUUGUACAACAUGUUUUUCUCUCAUGCAUACACAAGCAUGCAUAUAUUAACGAGCUGUAAAAUCUAAGAGAUUGGAAAGAAGCGUGUUUAUGUGUUCAUUAUUUGCUCUCAUUGCCCUUAAAAGCAGGAAGAAGAAACCUCACCUUCUCCACCUUAAAUCAUUUAUGGCAUGGACAACUACUUAAAGGUUAGUAAAGGAUCACUAAAAUGUCCAUGAGGAGAAAUUGGCAUUUCUAGAGCACAAAUAAGAGAUGAGUUUUACAAGGAGAUAGAUCCAUAUACAGUAUUACAGUCUAGACUACAAAUGCUCAGUCGAUGUCUCAAGCAGAUAUCCACUGAGUAUAAAAGGAAUCUAGAGCAAAACAGUCAAUGGGAACAUGCAAGGUCUGCUCUAAGUUACUGGCUGGACAGCUGUCUAAAUCAGAGCUGAGAGCAAACUGAAACAAGAAAGAACUCUUCUUCUCUGUCCAAGACAGGUGUUUAGUACAAGCCAGAGGAACCACCCACUGCAGGAUCUGGUCUUUAGAUUCAGUUCAAAGCUCUUGCUUAAACAUAAAUUCCUAAAAUCUGUAACUAAGGGAUUUGUAAUCUCUGUAGCAGUCUCUCCUAUGACCGUCACUGCUGCCCCUGGAAACACAAAGGUGGAUAAUUUCCUAUUAGGAAAUGAAGAAAGUCUGACAUUUUCAAAACUCCGUGCUCCAUUAGCAUUACACCUGUGUUUUUAGUAAUUUUUAUCCCUGUACCACCUGAACCUCUGUGGUGCUGCUCUCAGUAGCGGGAAUGUCAGCAGCCAGUCUGUGUUCUUCACAUUCCAUCCUACAUGAAAACAGUGUGCGCUACAGAGGGGUUUUGCUACAUUUUGGGUUGAUUUUCUAGUGUUGCUAUUGAUAGUACAGUAAGAAAUCACUGGAAUAAAGACAUGCGUCCCUCUCACUUUCUUUCCUGUAAGAAAUGUUGUUCUACUUUGUAGAAAGUUUCCACAGGAAACAGUUUACUAAAUGCCCCAGUUCUUCACAUGAACUCGCUGUUGUGGAACUGUUCUGUUUGUUUUUCUCCACUGACACCUGCAGGGAUCGCUGUGGGCACCCAGCAUGGAAUGAAGAACCAAACUGCUGUCAGAGAGUUCAUUCUCCUGGGAUUUUCCUAUGGGCUGCAGGUUCAGACGUCACUUUACCUGAUCUUUCUGGCCACCUACAUGGUAACAAUCACUGAGAAUGCCAUUAUUAUCUUUGUGGUGAAAAGGAACCGUCACCUCCAAAAGCCCAUGUAUUAUUUCCUGGGGAACUUGUCCUUCCUGGAGAUUUGUUAUGUCUCAGUAACACUGCCCAGGCUUUUGCUUGGGUUCCGGUCCCAGGGCAUGACCAUCUCAUUCUCCGGCUGCAUGACCCAGUUAUACUUCUUCAUCUCCCUUAUGUGCACUGAAUGUGUCAUCUUGGCUGUAAUGGCCUGGGACCGCUAUUUGGCUGUGUGCCAUCCUCUGCGCUAUCCAGCCAUCAUGACGCACAAGUUGUGCCUUCAGCUGUUGAUUCUCUCAUGGGCAGGAGGCUUUUCCAUCUCCUUGGUCAAGGUGUCUUUAAUUUCACAACUCACGUUUUGUGGCCCACACGUCAUGAACCACUUCUUUUGUGACAUCUCUCCCGUCCUGAGCCUUUCCUGCACUGACAUGUCCCUUGCAGAGACAGUGGACUUUGUGUUAGCCUUGGUGGUCCUGCUGAUACCUCUCCUGAUCAUUGUUUUCUCCUACUGCUGUAUCCUGUCAACUAUCUUGUGUGUGUCUUCAGUGCAGGGAAGGAGAAAAGCCCUUUCCACUUGUACCUCCCAUUUGGCUGUAGUCAUGAUCUUUUUCUCGGCCACUCUCUUCAUGUAUGCCAGGCCCAGGAGGAUCCAUCCGUCCAAACUCAACAAAACAGUGUCUGUCUUUUAUGCUGUGUUCACUCCAGCACUGAACCCUCUGAUCUAUUGUCUGAGGAACAAAGAGGUGAAAGAGAGUCUGAAAAAGACCAUGGGCACAAGCUGCUUUGCACACCAGUAAGUUCUGAGGAUAAGGAUUCGGAGGAACAUGGAGAGGAGUGACAAGUGUCCUUCUUGAAAUGCAGUUGAGUAAACCUCUACAGCUUGUUCAUCACUGACUCCGUCAUCACUGACUCAUUGCACUGAAGUCCGGCAAGGAAGAAAUGGUAUCGUUUCUAUGUGGAAAUGUCUCCUUCUCAUUCAUGAGCGCUGUGACACUGAGUUACACUUGGCUUUAAAAUAUUCUGCUACAAUAUCAAUAAAACAAGCCAUAAUAGGACUUUGGCUGAUGGAUUAUUUCCUUUUGAAAAUCCUAAACCCUAGAUUUAUAGUUUUCAAAACCAUGUAGGAAUAUUGGAAAUCAUUGAAAAUCCAUUCGUCCAGUCUCUACAUGCACAGUUAAAGAGAGCUAAAACACCUGUCAAAAAUGGCUGGCUUCUUUAUUCUAUGACAAUCUUACUGUAUACAGAAAAUAUUAUUCUCACUGUAUCUAUACUGUUUGUAUAGCCAUAUGUUCACACAGCUUCAUGUUUGGCACAUGGUGGUAUAUAGUAAACCUGACUUGAAGACCACUGUACACUGAGGAAUUAGUGAUUCACGUUACAUUUAACCUGAGUCGGCCCAGACAUAUACUUUGCUGCAUGUACAGCUUGACUUUCAGGCUGUUGUUCUGUGCACAUCCACUGGCUGCAGGAUGAACUUUGACAGUUGAAUGUAACAGCACAAUCUGCUACCACUCGGUACCUGUUAUUACUCCA